AUGGCAGAAACGCGUGAAAAAGCCGGCUUGCUCGACUCGUGCGUGAUUGCAUUUGUCCCGAGCAGGUCGUUGUCUGGCACUAUGAUCGAUCAGUUCUCGCAGAUUGUCCUGUCCCACGGCGGUGAAAUUAUCGAGCCCGAUCGGCGAGGUAGAAUCGCCAUUGAACAGGCCACCCACGUUGUGUCCAGCACAAUCGACUUCGACCAGUAUGUCGAAGCCCAGGCCAUGAUGGUUCCUGUCGUUACUACCACCUGGCUCAAGAACACCAUCAGUCGCAACAAGGUCGCUCAAGUCAGGCCGUUUUCACCCGACCCUCGCAUGAUAUUCUCCAACGUGGUCCUCACCUGCGCCGAUAUUCCCGCCAUGGACAAAGAGACCAUUAUUGGCGCCACCAUGGCCCUAGGUGGAAUGGAGUCGAAAGACUUGACCAAACAAACAACCCAUAUAUGUGCCCUUUCCAUGGACCACCCGAAGUGUAUUGAGGCCCAGAAGAAGCAUAGCAAGUGCAAGAUUGUCCUUCCACAUUGGUUCGACGACUGCUUUAAGUUAGGGAAGAGAAUCGACGAAGGUCCUUAUUUGCUGCCAGACCCAGAGAUUCUGCGAACACGACCAGAAGAGGCCGUCAAAAUCACGAGCAGCCAGCAUCUGGACGGUGCCACGUCGGCAAUCCCAAGUACUGCGUUGUCUGUUGAGGGAGCGUCCAGGGGGAAGCUUACUAUUUUCGCGCAGAAGAAAGUCAUGUUGUCAUGGGACCUCCCUAUCAAUGCACGGCUGAAGAAGAUUCUCACUGAUCUCAUCCAAGGUGGUGAUGGGGUGGUCAUCGAUGACGUUGAAGUGUGCGACAUGUUCGUAUGUCAAUACCGCGAUGGCUCCCAGUACAUUCGUGCGUCACAAACCGGGAAAGAUGUCGGCAGCCUGGCCUGGCUCUACCACCUGAUUGUGCACAAUGAAUGGACGUCUCCUUUCCGACGUCUUCUGCACUAUCCAUUACCAAAGAAUGGCAUCCCCGGAUUCAAGGAUAUGAAAAUCACUUUAUCCAAUUAUGGAGGUGAUGCACGGAUUUAUCUCGAAAAUCUCAUCACGGCUUCCGGUGCGACAUUUACGAAGACCAUGAAGGCCGACAACACACAUCUCAUUACAGCUCGGAUGCAUAGCGAGAAGGUGGAUGCUGCCAAGGACUGGAAUAUUGAGAUUGUAAACAAUCUCUGGAUUGAGGAGAGCUAUGCAGACUGCCAGGUCCUGAGUCUGUCCAACCCGAAAUAUAGCCACUUUCCUCCACGAACCAACCUGGGUGAGGUUAUUGGCCAGACAUUUCUUGAUGAGCGCAGGCUCCAUGAUAUGUACUACCCAGGAGGUGAGGAAACUUUGGAUGGCGUAGCGAAGAGGAAGCGGAAAAUCAAUGAUGCCGCUCAGGAGAAUGUCUACUCAGUGGGACAAGCAGCCAAGAAUUUCGACGUAAUGAAAGACUCGAGUCCCCAAGUCACAAAUUCUGCCAAGGGUACGCGAGCCGCAGCAGCCAAGCAGGACCUCACCACACCAGCGAAGGGCCGUCAUGUCCGGUCCGGCAAAGAGAAUGACACGCCAUCGGUCGUUUCAGGAGCCGCCUCGACUAGCAGCCGUAGUGCCAAGGCAAAGGCGCUCUCUAAGAUCCAGGGCUUGGCCCCCGACAUUGCGCUGUACGAAAAGGAGAAGAAGCGCGCCAAAGACGGGCAAGGCCCAUGGGGAGGCAAGCGAGCUGCGGACCAGAUAGAUAAGGAUCAGACAAACAAGAGCUCGAGCCCAGCACGAAAACAGCCAGAUGAGGAAGAGGACGUGCAGCAAAGCCUGCCCCGGAAAAAGAGACUGAAGCUUUCCCUACCUAAAAUUAACGUGCGGAUUUGCUUGACUGGGUUUGAGAGGUGGGUCAAACAGCCAGCAAAGGAGGAAUCAGAGAGGAAAAAACUCCGCGCGAUGGGUAUACACCUCGUUCAAGAAAACGUGCCCUGCGACUACCUAGCAGCGCCCCAGAUGGUGCGCACCGUGAAAUUCCUCCGCUGUCUCGCUCGGGGCGUCGAGGUAAUCGACUCGUCGUUCAUCACAGCUUGCCUGGAGAGCAGCGAGAGACCCGAUAUUGAGGAUCACCGGCUCGUCGACCCGGAGAACGAAGCCAAACACGGAAUCAACAUCGAGACGGCCGUUGCGCGCGCACGCGUAAACGGCGGCAGCCUGCUCGCGGGCGUCGCCGUCUACUGCACUGCCGAAAUCAAAAACGGUGUGGAAAGCUACAGGGCCAUCGCUGAAGCGAACGGCGCCAUAUUCAAAGUCUACCGCGCGCGCGGUGGCGCCACCAUCCGUCCGACUACGGUUGAAGAAGAUGGCGGGGCCGCCCCGGAACCCGUCUACCUCCUCAGCCAGAAGUCACCAUCGGAGAAGCUGCUCUGGCCGCGAUUCGAAGAGAUGGCACGCAAGGGCAACAUGGAGCCCCGCAUCGUUGUGACGGACUGGCUGCUGGACGUGGCGAUGAAGCAGGAGCUGAUAUUUGAUCCCAAGCAUUUGGUGACGAGGUAUUUUGACGAGAAUAAGUUCUGA